GGAGCAGCGAGCGAGCAACAAGUCAACGUAGUACGCGGGGGGGAUACGUCACGAGGCCGAUAGCAACUUGCUGCUGCCACAGCCGUUAGACAUUGGAAACGACGGCGCGAGAGAGUCGCGGAAAAACAGCUGUUCGCCGCGGGAACACGUCAUCCGUGUACGCGCGGAGAGAGGAGAGGCGGCAGGCGAGCGAGUCAGCUGGGCUACCGUUGACCCUGCGACCGAUCACUGGGCUGUGUUCUGCUGCGAAGCCCUUCGAUGUCUCGGAAGACGUUGUCAGCACAACCACCUCCAGUAUCGGCGGACGUCGCGCCCCUGCUUCCUUUGUCUGCCGGGGCGAACAGCGAGCGCAGCGUAGUACGCAGUCGCCUCCGUCCAAGCGAUGCUGUCGCCCACCGAACCCGUCCUUGUCAAGGCAGUCGGAGUGCCGAGCGGAACUCUGCAUAUGGGCAUGGCAUUUAGCCAGGUGGUCCACAUACUGCAGCAGCAGUUCCGGAUCAUCAAGGGUGUCCAGAUUAUCUACAAUGAACAGUGCCCACUGGAUAGUGAUCUCGUGAUCCUCCUGUCAGAGGAUGGAAUCCGGCUCAGCUUCGACUCGAGCUCGCAGAGGCUAAAGGUGAUAGAAGUAACUGACAUGUCAAAAGUCAAGUUGACUUAUUGUGGGAGCACUUUCUGCUCGCCCGAGGUAUUGCCCACCCGGCAGCAAAUCGACGACUGCUUUGGCGCCACCCACCCUGGAGAGUACGAUGCCAGCCAGCAGAUGUUUGUACUGCACUUCCGAGGCUUGUCCUUCUCGUUCUUGGCCGACCCCAAGUGCAAGUUGGAUGCAGCCCUCGGCUCGUCUCCUACAGGCCAGCUGCCCAAUGGCAGCUCACCACUGGUGUCCCGCAUGGCCAUCUACUAUGGGAACAGCCUUGCCGACACCAGGCCUCCUCCCCUGCCCCUGUGCUGCUUUGGGAACCAGAGCUUCCUCGAGGGCCUUGAAGUGCUCAGGGAAGGGGACACAACCCUGGGAGUCCGACUCACCCUCCUCACUGAAGCAUACGAGACAUCCAGACUCUCUGGUCCCAUCCAGAAGAAGCUGACACGAUGUGUACACUUCGGUGACUCUGUUCAGGAUGUGGUGUGGGCCUUGGGCUCCCCAAACAAGGUGUUCUACAAGGAGGAGGACAAGAUGAAGAUCCACGCUCAGGACUCCCACCGACUACUGGCUGCCAGGGCGUCGGACUACUUCUACAACUACUUCACCCUGGGCAUGGAUGUGCUGUUCGAUGCCCAGCGGCAUGUGGUGAAGAAGAUAGUCCUGCAGAGCAACUACCCAGGCCACUUCAACUUCCAGCAGUACUACCGCUGCCCAUUCCGGCUGAGGCUGCGACUCCCUCCGACACCCGAGCAGCGCCGGGCAACCUUGGUGGACGUGGCGACCGAGGACGAUGGCCAUGUUGUCACUGCCUUCACCAAGUGGGAUGAGCUCCAGGAGCGCCUGGUCAAGGCAUCUGAGCGCCCCGUCGUCCUGAACAGGACGUCCUCGACAAACACCACCAAUCCCUUUGGGUCUACCUACUGCUAUGGAUACCAGGACAUCAUCUUCGAGGUGAUGCGGAACAAGCACAUAGCGUCGGUGACGCUCUACCAACGCAACGGCCGACUGCACAGGGCCAAGGGCACGGCCUCAUGACACCACCUCCCUGGCACACUGUCUUUGGCGCACAUCUCCACUAGUCACCACAAUGCCGCCGCCGCUCCUUCCCCGCCACCCAGCCCGCUUCCCUUGCGCCUCUUGCCACAGCCGUCGUCGUUUCUUCGUGAGCCCCCGCCUCGUCGCUCACCUCCGGGACUCUGAGUGCCUGCAGUGUCGUGUGUGCGUGUGGCAUGUGUGUGUGUGUAUAUGCCAUUUUGGGAAGGAAGCUCGUGGAGAACCCAGGCCAGUGUCAGUGAGGAGUGAGAGAGCGUGCAAGAACCAUCACGGUGCACUGAUGUCUGAUGUUUUUAGUAUUAUUAUUAACUUUUUAAAACAUUCAUUCUUUAGCAGCAUCACAGUUUUGACACCUGCACAUCAGGAAAAAUGCUGAAUUCUGCUCACCAUUUGGCAGGAGCUGUACUUGAAUUCAAUGAGCUGACCGAUUGCAUUAGCAUUUUGCCAUGCAUGACGAUCGCAGGUAUACCAAUAGGAGGUGUUGUGCUACACGCUGGGUCUCAGUGGAAGUGGCCAAACGCAGUCGGCAGAACGCAGUAUGCCUUCAAACAUUUGGUUUUUAAUCCACACUUCAGCAUUGUUGCGAGAAAUAUGGCUACCUGCUGCCACAGCCAUCUGAUUUGAAAAGAAUCAGUGAGACACGCUGGAAAUUAGCCGUCUUUCUCUCUGCACUAUUCUCAAGCGAAAUUGCCUUUAGCCAUGGCAAAUUUAGAAAUCCAUUGAUUUGAGUUGACCAGUUGAACUUGACUUGACAGUUUCUGACGAUGCUUCUCCGUGAAAGUCCAAUCCUGGACCUGUGAAAAGUUCUAGAGGAAAAGGAAAAAGUUAUGUUUUGGGAAGUCCACACAUGCAUAAAGAACCAUCACUGAAGCUCUUCUGUGCUGACAGCUUUCCAAGAGAAAAUUGCAGUCUCUGUAAAAAUAUGUCUCACGACGAUAACGCAGUAUUUCGAAAAAGCACUAGUCUUGCGCUACAUGUUAUGAAUUUCUGCCAAAGCCGCAAGCCAAGCACAUACGAGUGUUGCUAUCCAUAGCAAGUCCUGAAUGCUGGGAACAUGGCACUCCAGUGUUCAGACGACUUCAAACUUGAAGGACACUGUGUGUACUGAGCUUGUGCGAGUAGUCAGUGAUAAUACUGAGUCUUAAAUUUUUUUUAUGUGGUAUGCAUGAAAAAGGAAGUGCUAUUGGAUGGGCAGGCAAAAACCUCUUAACUGCUAAUGCCUGUUAAAAAAAAAAGCCGCGCUUGUAAGGUGACUGAUAUGGAAAGCAAUGAGCAAGUGUGUCCAAUUUGGCCUCUGGAAUGAGAUAACAAUCUUCCAUCAGUCACGCUAUGUUAUGUGAAAAGGUAAGCACGCGUACUUCUUUCGUAAAACAAAGAAAUGCAUUUCUAUGGCAGGCUAAACAGUUGGUGCCGACAGGGUGAGAUGAGAUACAGAAAUUGUGUUAGGGCACCCUGGCCAGCGCUGGUUCCCUAUACAGAGCAGUGUUGACCUGAUCAAGAGUGCUUAUGAUAAUGUUUCUUGGAGUGCUCAUGCAACUUCCCAUCAAUAGAUCCCUGAUCGGCAUUAUCGCAUACUCUUUUGCUGAUGCAUUAAUUAAGCUGUCACUUGAAAACACCAGGAGAGCUGAGGGGCAUGUGUGUACUUUUCCGUAGCUGGCAGUAUCGUCUUGAGAGGGUGUGCUCUUGGGGCUCGUCAAAAAGAAGGCAUGCACGUAAGCUGUAAGGAGGUGUGAUGGAGACGCAGGGGUGUUGUAGGCAGUCUCUUUUUAAACAAAAUGAAUUGGCAUUGAGAAAUGGGAGGAAGCGAACUUGCAGGGGCACAGUUAGUACUACACAAACAUGUUGUCGUGCAUGGUCCAGGAUUGAGACCAUAAAUAUAACGGGAAUGGCUAAGGUCAAACUGCUCUCAAGAGGGCCGUAGCUUCCUCUGCUGACGGAUCACAGCUAGGGUCAUGUGACAUACUUAUAAAAGACUUUAGCGACCUGAUCCAAGAUCAGUACGAGUUUCCUUCAGCUGCAAACCUUUCUGAAGAACACACGUGGGUUUUCCUUGUAACUGCUUGUGUAGCUGCUCGGGCGGGUCAGAAUUUUUGCCUUUCAUGAAAUUUUCUCUACAUUGUGGACUUCGCAGAUAUUAUUCGACGGAUUUCAUCAAAUAGUAGAAUCUCGUUGAACGAAACCUGAAAGGACCAGGAAACUAUGUUUCACUUAACAAAAGUUUCACAUACGGAGAAAGGUGUUUGGGGCUGGAGCACUCAAGCAGGAAAUCAACAAAAUUAGAGACAGUUUCGUUUAAACAGCAACUCUGUUUAUAAGAGUGUUCCAUUGAUCACUGUUCUACUGUAUUGAGGGUCUGCUAUAUGUGAAGAGGUUUUAGGGGCUUGUGUUAGAUGAGGCAUUAUAUAAGCAUAUGCACUUGAUAUGUGAUAUCGAAAAGAGUUUUUUGGCCUACCACUCAACUCAAGGUCUGCUACGCUUUUGUGGUUGUCAUGUGAUCCUAGCUGUGUUGUACUGGCACGGUUGCUUGUUUAGUCCUCCUUAUCCUUAUUGUGCCAUCUGUCUUUUUAUAUGCUGAGCAGAACGUGUAUGUUUAGUUACCAAGUAGCCCAAACAUGUGUGAAAUUUGCAAAACUGAAACAAAUUUUCACACUGGCGUAAAUAGUUGGAUAACCUUGUUGAAAGGGAGAACGAAUGCGUUUCUUUUCUACUUUUGAAGUGUUUCUUUCAUGCAAGUAGUACCACUAAGUAAUGAAAGGAGCAUUACAAAUUCGGUACUAUGCAAAGGCAGCACCUCGUUGGCGGUCAUGUCCGGAAAUUUCGGACACUGUCACUUCUGUCAUCAGCUGAACUAUGCCACAAUGCACCAGUUUAACAAUGCGGGCAGCAUUUAAGAACAAUUUGUUUCGAAGGAUAAGUUGACUUCUAUGAAAUUUCAGUUUGCCACGUUGAUGAUACGUCCUUCCAAAAACACUGCUUUAACGCAGCAGCAUAGUUAUGACUAUGAGCUGCAAACACAUGUAUUAUUGCAACUGGCCACAGCAACUGUCUUGCUAUCCCACGAGUCACUACAAGUGCAGUGCACUCGGAACAUCUGCCAGUAGGAAGAUGCUUUGAGAUAAGGCCUCAUGCAUAUGGUCCCUUAUUUCUGGGCUGUUUCUUUUAGUUACCUCUCAUCUUGCAUCGCGUAAUCUCCAUGCCUCGCAUGUCUCCAUUAGAAGCAUCGAAAGGACGUGUUUGCCGUAGAGUAGUAAUUUAGUUGAACCUCUAGUUUUUUGUUUGGAGGCAUCUUUCUUUCACCGUGCCAAGAUGAAGGUGGCUUGAGAGACUGGGUUUCGAAAGAAGGCACUAUUAGCCUGUUUUGUAGAGUUGUUUAGUGAUCCAUAGUGAUGCCCCAUUUUCUAAAGGUUAACGAGCAACACAUAUUGAAACAUUAGCACAAGAGCAAUCAAUGGGCACAAGAACGUAAAACUGAUGUUACGAGAGCUCGAGUCAUCAGUUUUAUGACUUUGUGCUCAUGUCCCAUAUGUGGGCUGCUGCUUUAAAACACUGAACCAACUAGCACAUAAACUAAUGCUGUGUGGGUCUCGUGUGAAACAAUGGUGAUGUAGGCACAAGCUGGUUGUGGGUUUCACAUUGCUCGACAUCUUGCCCACAUGGCUCAGCUUUUUCACUAGUGAAUGCUGUAUAGUAAAUUUGAAAGCUGCAGUCGGCCUGAUGUGGAACAGUUGCCGACAACUUCACUUCUGUGUAAGGAGUUCUUCGACAAUUUAAUUUAAUUAUUUGAAUUUAUUUUCUCGAGAGUUUCCUGAUCAUUAGCAAUAUGGUGAUGCUACAGGCUCAUGUUUCCCGCAUUUUUAUGUGUUGCCACAUUUACUCACUUGUAACCCUCGCAUAUACUUCUCAUGGCUAGGAGAGAGAAAAACUUGCAUUUGCUAUUUAGUAACGUUCACACUUGUGCCAGUGCUGCUUAACGUCCUUCGCUUUGUUCAGGUGCGGAGCUACUUCAUGCUGUGCCACAGAAAGUGACCGGCUUGUUGGCAGGCUUGUCGGAUAUCAAUUUGCCAUUGAAAUUAUAUACAUAGGCAUUAAUAUUUGACCAGCACCUUCAAAAUUGAGGCAAAGACUGUGUCUGGUCGCUGUUUGGUUGGCACAGUUAGGAGCACUUGCGAACCGCUGCCACUAUUGAAGGUGAGGGUACCCGUGUACUCUCUCCUGGGUGCCAGGAAUCCUGGCUAUGGUAUAUACCUUGAACUCUAGGCAUACUACCAUCAGCAUAUAUGGGCAAAUCUGUUGUGACAGAAGGCACUCUGUUUAUAAAGUGUUUCUGUGCUGCCCAAAGAACAGCUAAGCAUAGUGCAUAUAGUAGUAUUGUAAUUUUUAAUUUUGCAGUAAAGCUGUUUACCUCUAGCCAAUGCACUCCCUGGGGGGGGGGGGGGGGGUACAAUGGGCAGCUCGCAUCUGUAUCUGCAGAACUUGUUACAGGAAUGGAUACUGGCAAGGGGGAGGGGGAAAGAGUUUGGUGGUGGCACUGCUGCAGUACAAUGUAGAGCACUGCGAGAAAGUGGAGUUGAAGGGGUGGUGUCACCAAAUUUGCGGCUUGCGCAUUCUUUGCUGUAAGAGUUUCCUAUACCUUCAGGAAGCAUGAUGCACGCACCAAGAUUCAUGUAUUCUCGCUAAAUAAUGUAAUAUCGCCUUUUGAUGUGGAGAACUUUCGGUUUCGGUUUCUGGGCGCAGAGGUUGGGCAGUGACGUAGAAGUGUAGGGGGCUUGGUCACGUGACCACACAAGGCUGUGACGCACAUAGCCAGGAAGCGAUCGAAACUCGGUGAGUGAUGUAGCAACCGAUGCUUUGCCGGUACUAUAUUCGGAACUAGAAUAUAUUCUAGUUCACUACAGCCGGUACGUAUGCUGCGGAGGUGGCGGAGGUCGCUCAAGCCACUAAAGCAGAUCUGGUGUGACGUCACUACAACUUUCGUUGCCCCUCCUAUAGAGCUACAUCAGAGUUGGCACGCUAGCGAUGGGUUUCGAUCGGGAGAAUGGGCAUUUACGUACACUUUGGAAGUGAGUUAAAAUAUAUUCUAAACGUUUGCUGUGCCCAACCCUUCGUGUGGAGUGACCUUGCAUACAGAGGAAACCCACAACAGGCUUGUUAUAGCCUCGGAAUUUGAUGGCACCACCCCUUUAACAAGACAGCGCAGCAAUGCGAAUACAAAUGUGAACAAAGCUUUUCUGGUAAUCUGUCCCCAUAUGAAUUUUGUGGCCCCACGGUUUCUUUAUUUAUGCUUCUGCACCCAAAAGAUUACUUGCAUCAGUGAGGCACACUUGUUCAUCAACAUACCAUUCCUGCAUGUUUCAGCUUUUCUUGAUGAACGGCACUGCAUGGACAUGGCACACCGGCCACCCAAUCGCAGCACGUGUGUCACCAUGCUUGAGGCAAUGGCACAGUGUGCACUGCACUAUUUUGCGCGCAGCAGCUGCAAGCACUCCAUAAGACAAAAGUUGGAGCAUUGUUCUGACACUGCUCUAUGGACUGUCCUGACGGAUUGAAACACAACAUUUUAGGGCUAAGUAAUACACGUACUCUUGUUUACAUCGUCCUCAGAUCCAUUCAUAUGGGUGUAAAUUCGACUCAGACCACUAGCAUAAGAGCCAACAUUACCUUUAGCGGCCAGAUGUGUUGCAACAUAACACAAUUAUCUCGAGCAGUUGCGAAUGCCAGUCGUUCUGCUAAAACUGAUGUUCCAUUUCAAUCCAUGAGGACUGUACGUAUAGUGUUAGGCCUCUUGCUUCAAGAAGGUGGCGAGUGUAACUGUUGAGUAAAUGUGGUAGUGCAAGCUCUCUUAUGUUUUUGUUGUAUAUAUAUAUAUGCUAGCUUUUAGCACCUCUGUCAUCUGAGUGUGCAGAUCUCACAUUUCUUGAUUUGUCUUGAAGAUAAGGACAGUGUCGCUGAAAAACAAGUGUGCAAUGUAGUGUAGUACAUGCUUCACGUCACGACUGCAUUACACUCACUUGUGUGCCUGUGCUUGCUUCUAGCGUGUAUAACAGGCUUCUAGUUCUGUUUAUGUAUCAUCUGAUGACACACAAGGGUAUGAAAAUGUUGCCUUUGUGCUUUUCUUUAUCAUUAUGUCAAGUGGACUGUCACAAAGGAGUGACAAAUGUGUUUUUAUGCUAUGGCCAUUUAUCGGCCUGUGUGUGGGGAAUGUGCUGGAUUUUUGCACUGUCGCCCUCGCCUAACCUUUCAGAUGUAACGCCAUAGUGGCUUCUUAAUUAAAGUGUAAAUGUCAUUUCGGAUGUUGUACUUUUCAGACUUACCGCCGCUUUUCGUUGCUUCCAAAGACUGCUGUGCAGGCACUGUUUAAAGCUCUCUUUGAUGCGAUUGUAACAGUUUGAAGGUGACUAAACAUCAAAUUGUAUGCGUUCUCAUGGUGCUUGGGUCAUAUAACUAAUGGCAUUCUACACUUAAGAAUGACACGUGCCAACAUUGCGUUUUGUGAUAAAAACAUUGGAUACUGCACUCUGUGAAAUGAGGCUUUGCUUUGCUCUCUGUCAUACAAGAAAAAAAAAGAAAAAAGAAAGCUUGAUAAUGUUUAGUGUGUGUGAAAUUAGUGUCUACCUGUGUGUAGUAUUUAAGAGUGCUUGUUUUUAACCGAAACAACUUUCUGGUGUCUGAAUGUUUUUAUCAUUUUGAGGCAUUUUAUAUUUCCAAAUUUUUUGUUUGGUCAGGCUUUAAUGGGUCUGGAUGCUGUCUAGUGACAGGUCUUUGUUUUGUCUUCAUAUUAUUAUUAUUAUUGGUUCGAUGUACGGUUUUAAAGCUUUGCAUGGGAUGUAUGCGUUGACAAAGCCACCGUGCUGUGUGCGAGAAGGCACAUUGCCGUUCAUAGAACACAGCUUUGUCGUCAGUUACAUUCCCAGCAGGUGUUGCGGAUGAGCCAAGUUUUUCUGUGCCCUUCACAGUGCCGCUGGGUAUUCUCUACUUGUUCACGUGAAUUCCUAUGACGUUUGUGCCGGCAUGUCAGUCUGAAGGGCCUGUGAUUUGUCCUCUUGUGUCGGGUGUGGUUGAUGUGUGGCUUUGUUCUUGUGCACAGUUUGCAUAUGUACUGAGCCCCGUUAAUAUCAAAAGCUGCUUGGUGCAGUACCCGCCUCUGCAUCUGUAGUUUUGCUCACUUUGAGCACUGAGUGAAUUGUAUAUUUGUGAAUGUGCGUGUGUAUGCUAUUUUGGAACUUUAUUUGUGGCCUUGGUGAUGCCUGAUGGGAAACAUGUUGUUACAUUUCUUCUGUUUAGACAUAAAAGGUUUUUGUUUUAGUGUAUUCCGACAACGUUGUGUCGAAACUAGCAAGGUGGUAAUGCCUCGAGUUUCAUGUUCAGUCUACACGACACCUGGACAUGAGGAACAAAUUCAUGUGUGCGUGCCAGACUUUGAGUGGCAACGUUCUCCGGAAAAGUGCCGGGGUUUUGAAUCUGUUUUCUGGUCGUAUGCUGUGUCUUUGUACGUAUUCUGUACUCCACUGCAUAGCUUGUGACCAGUUGCACUGAAAAAAAAAAAGACAAAAAGAAAAACUGUCUCUAAUAAACACUGAUUGGA